UUAAGACGGUGGGUGGGGGAGUGUGUGCUCAAAAGGGGCUCAUUUCAUUCCGCCUUUUUUGUUUCGGGAAAAGAUAUUUUCGUCGUUUGUUUUCGGUGUCAAACCGGGAAGGUUGUUGGUGAGGAGGAGGGAAAACAAAAGGGGAAGCUAAAGGAGAGGUUGUGGUGUGGUGUGGUGUGGGCGGUAGGAGGCCACACCGACAUCUAGAGGCUCGGAGGACCCACUAGGAGCCAGCGUCCCGGCCCCCACAGUCCUGACUGAGCCCAGACCGGUGUUUCUACAAAAUGCCUCAAAAAUUUCUCAAGUGCGUUAUUCAGCUUGAAAUCCACGCGGUAACCUGUCCGGGUGUGAUGUUGCCAAGGAAAGAUGAGCUCUAUAUCAAUAUUUAUAUGCUUGGUCAGUACUGGAAGACAAAAUGUUUUAUGCCAAUAUUCCCACUUCUUAUUCAUGAAAGUCUGCAGUUUGAAAAAGUGUUUGGAAAAGAUGUUGUUGACCCUGCAGAUGUUGCUGCCUUCUUGGAAUGUGACACGACUAAGUUUGAACUGAUGCAGUACAGUCCUUCAGGUAUCACCACCAAGUAUUUAAUUGCACCUAAGUUGGAGUUUUCCACAACAACAACAAUUACAGAGUGCUGCCCCAGAUCGCCAAAGAAAAUUUCUUCCAGUUUAUGCCUGUCAGAAAGUGGAAGAAAGGAGAAUCAAUUUAGAAGACCAAGGUGUGCCAAAUCAUUUAACCUGAUAGGAAAAUCAUGCAGUGAAAAGAAAUCUGAAAAGGAACGCAAGAAGCCAGCAGUAGCAGCCAGAUCACGAUCGCUUUCUCCGUACUGUAGGAAGUGUUUACUUGAGCUCUGUUUAGAUGAUGGGCAACAUUCAUCCCCACGCAAGUCAGAUUCCUUUGGCAGGACUUUUACGAAUCGCUCUUGUGACAGAAACACAUGUGAGAAAAAGCAUUCAUCUUCACUAUCAUGCUCAUCAUUUGAUAGAAGUGCAAAGUCCAGGCCACGAACUGCUUCUCCAUCAAUCUGUCAUAACGAUAGUUACAGAUCACGGUAUGAUAUAACGAAGAAUUUUGAUGCCAGGGAACCUAUUAGUUGGGAUGAACUGUCUAGUGAAGCAGAGGAACUUAUUAGUUUUCCACUAAAUUCAACUACUCGAGAUAAUCCGAGUGAUCUAUGCUCAUCUUCUGUUUGUUCAAGGAGAAAACCACCAUGUCAGACAAACAGGUUUUAUUUUGAUCCAGUGAGCCACCCUGCCUGGGACAGAAUUCAUGAGAGAGUCCAAAAUCUACUAGCAAGUAUUGAUGCACAGGAAAGAGCCUCAGCGAGGAAUAUUAAUUUCACCUGCCCACCAUGCUCCUAGGACCACACAAGCGAAAAAGCAACAUUUUUUAAUGAGUAUGGUAUGUGGAAGAGAUCUUCCUGGAUUCUACUGGUGCAGCAAAACAUGGACAAAUAAAGCAAGAAUAAAUUUGUCAACAAUGUGUAAUGUAAUUUUCACAUCUGCUAUUUAAAUCAAUUAUUCAGACAUAACUUGUGUUAUAUUGUAAGGAGGAUUGCGGUUUAUUUGUGCACUAUAUUGUACUUGGCUAACUUGCUGUUUUAUCAAACGGAUUCUUUAACGGAUUUUUGGUUUUCUGCAGUUAAUUACUUGCAAUUGAAGCAAUGUGCAGCUUUAAGAAGUGCAUCAACACAGAAGAAAAUUGUUUCAUAUCCUCAAAAGGCCCAGUUAUUGAUUAAUAUCAAUUGAUGGAAGACAACAGACUAAACUAGCAGUACAUUGUCAGCUCAGCACUGUUUAAAGGGCCACUCAGUACAAAGUCCUUUCCAACUAAAUGAUUUGCUGGUUUAAUGUGCCACGUUUAAUGCAUAGUUUUUCUUCUGAGGAAGUUCUCCUUAACA